AUCAGCUAUUGCAGAAGAAAGGUCAGCCAAGAGCUCUGGGCCUGAUCGACUGUAUAUAGGAGCUUCUGAUUUCAACCACUUCUGUCUAACUCUCUCCGCAACAAUGAGUUAUACAACUUAUUUCUUAGCUUUUCAGCUUUGCGUGACUUUGUGUUUUUCUGGCUCUUACUGCCAGGCGCCCUUUUUUAAAGAAAUAACGAUCCUAAAGGACUAUUUUAAUGCAAGCACCUCAGAUGUACCUAAUGGUGGACCUCUUUUCUUAGAAAUUUUGAAGAAUUGGAAAGAGGAGAGUGACAAAAAAAUAAUUCAGAGCCAAAUUGUCUCCUUCUACUUCAAAUUCUUUGAAAUCUUCAAAGACAACCAGGCCAUUCAAAGGAGCAUGGAUGUUAUCAAGCAAGACAUGUUUCAGAGGUUCCUAAACGGUAGCUCUGAGAAACUGAAUGACUUCGAAAAGCUGAUUAAAAUUCCGGUAGAUAAUCUGCAGAUCCAGCGCAAAGCCAUCAGUGAACUCAUCAAAGUGAUGAAUGAUCUGUCACCAAGAUCUAACCUAAGAAAGCGGAAGAGAAGUCAGACUGUGUUCCAAGGCCAGAGAGCAUCGAAAUAAUUGUCAUCCUGCCUGCAGUAUUUGAAUUUUUAAAUCUCAAUCUAUUUAUUAAUAUUUAAUAAUUUACGUUAUUUAUAUGGGGAAUAUUGAUUCAUUGAUCAAAGUAUUUAUAAUGUAACUUUUAUGUGAUGAAAAUGGGUAUCUAUUAACAUAUGUGUUAUUUAUGAUUCCUGUAUCCUGUGACUAUUUCACUUGACCCUCUAUUUUCUCUGAUUAACUAGGCAAAUCUAUGUUUUACAAGGCUUUUUCUCAGGGGUCAACUAGGUAGCUGACCUAAGCAAGACUCUGUGGGUUGUGUGUUUAUUUCACUUGAUGGAAUAAUGAAUGUUUAUAAAUGAAAUGAUGCCAUCCCAUUGCUGCCUAUUUGAGACUAUGUCUGUCUUCUGAGCCACUGCUUUGAUGGCAUGUCAGACAGCACUUGAAUGUGUCAGGUGAUAUGACUUGUACCCUGAUAAAAACAUAGCAUCUCAUCUCAUGCCUGGUGCCUCAGAAUAUUGCUGAAAACUGUGAUUUCACCCAAUGGAAAAUAAUACACUUGUUUAUCAAUAUUUAAUAUGCACAAAUAAAGUAUAAUUUCAGCACU